AGUGCAUCCCGCCCAAAACACCAACAACUUGAACAUGUUACUUGUAGUAGCCCGCCCUCAUAUCUAUUAACCGCUUCACGUUCCGUUCAACUUAGCUGCCGUACCCUAUAAAACGGCAAACCUAUGUCACUCGGAGACUUAGACUUGCCCGUCACUGUGACCUAAAACCACGAAUGAAUCGCCCACGACUGCGGCCCUCUUGAUAGCCCGCCCGCCGCGCGCAUUGUUGUGGGAAGGCAUGCUCUGCUCAUGCCAGUGUCCUUGGACCACCAGCAGCACUGCAAACUCGACUCGAACUCGCACAUCUUCUCGCCAGAUUAGAUUGCCUCUUUCUUGAUCUCAUACAGUACUAGUACCUACAUUAGCAACUGUCCGAGCCGAUACUGCAUCACCAUCACCUUCCUAUUUCUUGCCUCAAAACAUAAGGUACUAGCGAACGAUACGAUACAUUCCAUGCUGCCACCAUCAUGGCGCCUUCAGUAAUCCACGUCGCGAGCCAACUCCGACAACUCGUGUACUACCACCUCGACAACAACCUGCUCAAAAACGCCCUGUUCCUCGCUUCUCGACUCGUUGCCUACGAACCACGGUCCGCCGAAUCCGCGUAUUUACUAGCAUACUGUCAACUACAGUCCGGCUUUGUCAAGGCUGCAUGGGACACCAGUCGGCCAGCUGGGUUAAGAGGGUCACAUUUGGGAUGCAGCUAUGUCUUUGCGCAGGCCUCGCUUGAACUGGGCAUCUAUGUUCAGGGUUUGACCGCGUUGGAGCGAUCCAAACACCUGUGGCAGAAUCGAAACACAUGGAGUCAACACAGCGAAACCAGACGGCAACAUCUGCCCGAUGCCGCUGCCGUGUUGUGUCUGGAGGGCAAGUUGUGGAAAGCACACAGAAACACCGACCAGGCCGUGGAAUGUUGGGCCGCCUCUUUAAAGCUAAACCCUUUCAUGUGGGACGCUUUCAUGGGCCUUUGCGAGGCCGGCGCCAAAGUCAGUGUGCCCAAUGUUUACAAAAUGACCGCCGAGAUGAUAGCUAUGACCCAUUUGGCUCAGCAACAGAAUGCAAAGUUUGAAAAUGCCGCACCAGUGACGACUACUACGGCAUCACAACAAAUACAGCCUCACAACAAUUCCGGCCCACCGGAUCCUUUUGUGUCGACGACGCAGAAACCGAACGGACACCCACAACCGGGUAAUUCUGUUCUUUGGGAGAAGUUGAAUGGCAGCAAGAUGAGCGUCAACACUACAAGCACUGGUGGUGUCCUUGAUGAAGAAGGGCUAAACACCCCUUCAACUGAAGCUGAAGUGGACGAGGGUGUGUUGCAGCAAGCCGGCACCAUGAAUCAGAAUCAGCAUCAUGAACCUCCCCCAGCGCCCACACGGAAGGCCAAGGCCGCAGCAGAAGCUCCAGCUGAGCCUCCCCCUAGAUGGAAGACCGGUUCGACGAGACUGAGAACGAAACCCAAGGUGGCCUCUGACGACACCACGGUGUUACAAGACCCGCCUGCACCAACGGCACCGGCUAAGAGGACUGUUUCUGGUCAUCCAGCUGGCGCGCCGUCCCAACAUACGUCGUUGGCGGCUACGGAAGGGCCCACGAGAAGAAGUAACCGGCUGCUCAACACAUCCAGACCGCCGAGUGCGACUAGUACGGCCGGAAGCAAGAUCUCUUCGUUGGCCAAUUCUCUGGGCCUGCGGGAGGGAAGAGAUAUCAAAAAAGCAAAAGCACCGGCUGCCAGGACCCGUACGGCAAAUGCAUCGACAGUGGGGCGGGUUGUCAGUGGGAAUCGAACUCGAACAGGCUCCACUGAUGCAAUGGACGUUGAGACCAAGGAGCAGCAAAAAGCUGCAAAUGUGCCUCCGGUGCCUCCGUUGCCGAACAACUCAAAGGUGCGAGCGGAAUCUGCCAUCCACAAGGAGCUUGAAGCAACUCAGACACUUCUGGACCUAUUCGGGAGGAUUGCCUCGGCCCAGUUAAGUCUAUCGAAUUAUGAUUGUCAGACAGCGAUCCAGAUCUACAACUCGCUUCCAUCGGCGCAACGCGAAACUCCUUAUAUCCUGGCUCAGAUAGGCAAAGCCUACCACGAGCAAGCGCAAUAUGCCGAGGCGGAGAAAUUCUUCAUUCGCGUGCGACAGUUGGCUCCCACGCGGCUGGAAGACAUGGAGGUCUAUUCUACAGUGCUGUGGCAUUUGAAAUCCGAGAUCGAGCUCGCCUAUCUGGCCCACGAGCUGGUGGCCAUCGACCGCCUGUCGCCACAGGCAUGGUGUGCGAUCGGCAACUCGUUUUCAUUACAGCGAGAACACGAGCAAGCUCUGAAGUGUUUUAGGCGUGCCACGCAGCUAGAUCCACAGUUUGCAUAUGGAUUUACUUUGCAAGGUCAUGAAUACGUGGCCAACGAAGAGUUUGAAAAGGCUCUGGAAUCCUACCGAGCCGCCAUUGCCGCCGACGGCCGCCAUUACAACGCCUGGUACGGCCUGGGCAAAGUUUAUGAGAAGAUGGGCAAAUGGACCAUUGCCGAACAACAUUAUCGAACCGCCGCCAAGAUCAAUCCGACAAAUGCCGUGCUUAUCUGUUGCAUUGGUCUUGUGCUUGAGCGACUCAAGCAGCCCGAGAAGGCUCUUCAGAUGUAUACCCGUGCAUGCACUUUGGCCCCGGGCAGCGCGCUGAGUCGAUUCAAGAAGGCCAGAUGUCUUAUGGCUCUAAGUCGGCCGCGAGAAGCCUUGGCGGAACUUUUGGUCCUCAGAGACGUCGUUCCCGAUGAAGCAAAUGUCUGGUUCCUCAUGGGUCGGCUGUACAAGACUUUGAGGGAGAAGGGAAACGCCGUCCGCGCUUUUACCAUGGCGCUGAACUUGGAUCCUAAGGCCGCACAAUUCAUCAAGGACGCAAUGGAAAGUCUGGACGACGAAGACGAAGACCCAUACGACGAGGAUGAAGACAUGGAUUGAUGACUCGGAUGAUGAUGAAGAUGCAUCAGCAGCAACAGGGCUUCAGCUGCAGGUGGUCACCGAAAACAAGAAGGGAAGGGUCUCCGGCUCUUAUUUCUUCUCUGGUUUGUGCAUGUACGUGUGUCUGUGUCUGUGUGGUAUUGCAUGGCUCGGAGCUGGGCUCGGUUGGGCUACUACCUUCGCGGCUCCCUGGGUUCCGAGGGUCCGGGGUCCGGGGGUUUUGGUUUGACAUUUUUGAUUUAGCGAGACUCGAACGGUCUCUUUUUGGGUUCAGGUGCAAAUGGGAUCCUAGUACCUCAAGGAUAUACAGUACAUACAUAAGCCGACAAGUCUGUCUGUCCUGUUCUGUUGUAUCAAUCAGCUUUUGCGUGUUCCUCUUUUUGGGGGUUCCCUUUUUGGAUUGGGAACGGAAACCGGAGCCUGGUGCUGGAAGGGGGCCGGUUAUUUCGUCUCGCCAUCCCGGUAUUGAUUGUCUGAGAAUAAGAAUACUACCUCAUGUGCAGGUGGUACUGUCAUGCGAUCCGAGUUCGAGUUCGUUGCAUGCAGUCAAGCAGAGCACACACAGGGCACCUGGAAUCCCUAGCCCGAACUGGAGAGCCUGAAUGCAAUGGCCAGGAGAAUGAAUAGUAAAUAAGUAAUAAUGACCGACUGAUCUGUUCAG